UCUUUUGUGUUUGAAGGAAAGAAUCUCUUUUCGAGUCGUGGCGAAAACCAGCCGCUGGGUUUCGGGUCGGCUUAUAAUCUUUCCCUUGCGGAAAAAAGCAUAUUGUUUGCAUGAUCAAUCGAUACAGGCCACAAGAUGAUGCAAAUAACUGAUUUUCAAAAAAUUGGAGUUGGUCUGGCAGGAUUUGGAAUCGCUUUCCUGUUUUUAGGUGUUUUAUUUCUUUUCGACAAAGGAUUAUUGGCAAUAGGAAAUAUACUCUUCAUAUGUGGGCUAGCGUUUGUUAUAGGACUGGAAAGAACAUUCAGAUUCUUUUUCCAAAAGCAUAAAUUAAAGGCGACCAGUUUCUUUGUGGGUGGAAUUCUUAUUGUGUUGUUGGGAUGGCCAGUCAUAGGCAUGUGUGUGGAAAUGUAUGGAUUCUUUCUCUUGUUUAGUGGUUUUUUCCCAGUAGCUGUUAACUUUUUACGAAGAGUGCCAAUAAUAGGGACUAUAUUAGAUCUCCCAUACAUCAGAUCGGUUGCAGACAGGAUAGCUGGAUCCAACUCCAUGGACAUGGCAUGAACAAAGAAUUCAUUUACAGACAACAGAGAAAUGUAAAUAUUUGUAUAAAUUCAAAGAUGUAUCCAAAAAUAAAAUAUAAAAGUUUUUA